AUGUCAGUACUCGCUGCACGGGAACGUGUAUUCUCGCUCUUGAACGACGUAGUUGUUACUCAGGACGCUUUAAGUUCUCAAACACAAACCUGUUCCGGUAAGGAUGUGUAUUUAAAACCCGCCACUUCAAAAAACCUCAUGUUCUUACGCGUCGUAGGCGUAUCAGGUAGAUCAUUCAUCCUUCUUUGCAGCCCAUAUAGCUUUGACACUGCCCAAGGGUCUGGUAUUAACAAUGCCGGUCGAACUAGGGACGAUGGCAAGACACAGUCCAGCUUCACAUCUCCCUUGUAUUGCACGUAUUUAAGCCUUUCAUUGCCAAACUCUAGCACAACUUUUACAUUGCCAUUGUCGGGUGUAGUUGCUUCCAGCCUCCUGACUAAAGCUAUUCUGCUUUUGGCAGUAGCAGCAUGA